AUGACAAAAAUUAACAAUGGUGAAUGGAGAUUAUUAGAAGAGUUAAUUGAAAAGAAAAAUGAACAAGAAUCUCGUAUUAAUGAGACAAAUAUUGCUCAACCAACAUUAUUUGCUAUACAAGUUACAUUAGCAGCUUUAUUUGUUUCAUGGAAUAUUUAUCCAUCAUCAAUUAUAUCGCAUAGUGCUGGUGAUCAAGCAGCUGCUUUUGUUGCUGGUCGUCUAAGUUUAGAAGAAACUGUUCGUAUGUUAGCUGUUUCAAUGAGUGAAGAAGAAGUAGAAAAUAAACUUCUUAAAGAUAUUGAACAUUUGGCUUGUAUUACUAUUGUUAAUAGUCCUCGCUCAGUAACAAUAAGUGGUGAUGAAAAAACUAUUGAUGAAAUACAACAAAUUCUUUCCAUAUCUUAUCCAAAUGUAUUUAAAGCAUGUGUUCGUAUUGAAAAUGCAUUUCAUCAUGAAGCAGCAAAUAUUUUUCUUGAAAUUUCACCACAUCCAGUUUUAGCAAAAUCAAUUCGUGAAUGUUAUGAAUUAACAAAUCAACAACAAUCAUCACCACUUAUUCUUCUAACAUUGAAACGAAAAGAAGACGAACAAAUAACAUUACUUACUAGUUUAGCACAACUUACAACAUCAUCUCAUGUAUGGCAACAAUAUUAUAAUACUCGUCAAAUUUUAUCUAUGAAAGAAUAUGAAGAAUAUUUUGAUAAUUUUCCAUUAUAUAAAUUUCAUUUGAAUCCAUGUUGGUAUGAAUCAAAAGAUUCAUCUAUACAACGUCUAGCUAACCGUAUAUCUACUCAUCCAUCACUUGGCAUUCGUCAGUUAAAUGAACAAACAAGUGCAACAUGGAAAAAUCAUAAAAUUCAAGAUGCAAAUCUUUUCCCGGCUGUUGCUUAUCUUGAACUUGCAACAACUGCUUGUCAUCAAUUACUUUCAUCAAAAGAAGAUGAUCAAGAACAACGACCAACAAUUAUUUUUGAAAACGUUAAAUUUGUUAAAGCACUUAAUUUGAAUGAAACAUGA